AUGUUGGAAGCCAACGAAAGCCCCGCAACAUCGACGGAAGACCCUCCACCCGGUCCGUCAGAGGCCGACUUUAAAAGUGCUCUUGAUUCCCUGACCUUCCUCGAAGAGAAGGUCCUCUCGAUGUGCACGAGCUCACCGUGGCUCGAGGGAUUUUUCUCUAGGAUAUAUCUCGAGGACCCUAGUGCUGUAGCUAGCCGUAACAUUGAUUGUGGGGACUACCGGAUGCUAUCCACAUAUGUCCGGAGGGUGGUGAAGGAGGAGCACGAUGUCCGUGAAAUGAUGCGACAGAAGGAACUCUCUCUGAUUGGGAAACUGGAAAAUAUGGAACGUGAUGUUCAAAGCCUCAAGGAGGAGAACGCGACACUGCGGGAGGAAAUAGAGAAAGACCGAGAGCUGAUCCAGAGGGCGAGGAGGGAGAUGGAGCUGAAAGAGAGGGAGAUGGAAACUGAAGGAGUACAGCUACGAGCAGCGCAAGAACAGGAGAUACAGCGAUUUAAGAGAGAGAAUGAGAAGCUGCGAGAGGAGAUAGAGAAAGAAAGACAGCUGAUACGGGAGGAUGUGAGGAGGGAGAUGGAGCUCAAAACGCGGGAGAUUGGAAUUCAAGAAAGGACGCUACGAGAGGCGCAGGAACUGGGAGAGAGGGCGAAGAUGGAUGCGGAGAGGCUUGUGGCGAGAGAUUAA